UCCAUGGGCGUGGAAUUGAACAACCGAACAACAAAAACACAAGCCAAACCAAAGCUGCCUUCCGCCGGAUUGGAAACUACCAGAUGCUACCAGCGCUGCUAAUCCAACGCUUUCCACCUUAAAAAUAUCCGAUUAGCGCCUGUAUUAACGACCCGUAGGCCUCAGCCACUUGAAGAAUUAUAUAGCCACCAUUAGAGAAGAAGGUAGGAAGGGGAGAGCAGCCAAGACACAAGAAAGGGUGGGGAGGACUGGAGAAAAGGUUAGGAAGGGGAGGGAGAGAAAUCGAGGGGAAGGAACCCUGGAGGAAUUGGCCGGAAUAGAUCGGAAUUCUUGGGCGAAUUCCUAGCGAUCGGAUCGAAGCAAUCCAAUCCUUGAAGUCGGCCAUGCGGUUGAUUCCUCUGUUUGGUUUGUCUGGAUUGUGAUGGGCAUGGCUCAUCCCAGGUUUCUGGUUGCUUGCUCAGGCUCCAAGUUAUGCUUCAUCUCCGGUUGCUGUAGUAGCAGUGGAAAGAUGAUGAUAUCCUUGCUUCAGAUGCAUUUGAGUCGGAUAUCAGAGUGUGGUUCUACCCUUCCAGUAUUGAUUGAUUUCAGUUGAUGAUUCUUGGAGCAUCAGUUUGCUGUUCUGGUGACUGAAAUACAGAUUCUGAAGGACAUCAAAAGAAGUUGAAUAAAUUCAUUUUAGGUGCAAAUCUAAAUUAGGAAACAAAAUCUUUCAGCGAGGAUAAGAAAGAUUGGUUGCGAUGGGUUUACCUCAACUUUCUUCAGUCAAGGAUGAUGCGCCAACGGCACUGCACACAUCCUUUUCGUGCCCUCCACAUUGUGGAGGUGUUGGUGCCUGUGAUUUGGAUGGCCUUGCAGGAAGCUCAAGUAGCAGGGUGUUAUCAUACCCAUUGAUUGGUGAUUUUAACAGAAAAACUGCAUUAGAUGCUCCGAACGAAUCAAAUGGGUAUUCCAAAGACGGUCAUGUGUUUGACGAACCUGCAGACCUUCAUGGACCAAAAAUCGACUCGAGAGAUGCAAAUUCUAGGCUUUGUCCUAAACUGGUGCCUUCUGUCCAUAUGCCAGCAAGGAGGGUUGUGGGCUUUGAAUCUAGUUGUAUUGGGGCUUCUGAUGGAACAGAAACAGAUACAGUCAAUUCAUCUUUGGUCCACAGCAAUUGUCAUUGGCCAUUUGAUCAGCAUGAGCUUCAGGCAAGGAAGAGACUGCUCUCCCCAUUGAAAAAUGUGCUCCCUAAACAGUUCCAUGGUGAUAUGCUCAACAUUUCUUCUGGUGAUUCUAGAUUUAGGCAUUCUGAUUUAACCGGUAAACUAUACAGUUCUGGCUUCCAAGAUAAUAAAAAAGCCAACACCAGAUGCCUCAAUUCUUUUGAAACACAGGACACUCCAACCUCUAGGUGCUCUAAUUGGAGCCCAGAAUGGGAUGUUACUAGGAGCAAUUCUAAUUCAUUCACUGAUGGUCCUUUACUUGGAAGCAAGGAUUCUAUAUCGUAUUAUGACCAUCUAGCAGCUAGUGCGAAAUUAGCACACUCUCCGCUUUCUCUAUCUCCUCUUAGCCCUAAAUAUAUGAACAAAAUUAAGGUUACAGGAUCUCAAAGAUAUAUAAUGAGAGAUCUUGAAAAUGACUUCCUUGAUUUAAAGGAAACUGGAGGUUCUGAUGGAACUAGGAUGCAGGAGAUAUCAGAAGAAACUAACUUCUUACAUGAUGAACUUGAUGUUAUGACACCUAAAUGGAGUUCACUGAGAAGAUACCGAAAUUGGGGCCCUGAAUUUUCCCCUACAUCUCCUCGAAUCAGUUAUGGUCGGAGUUCGAGUUUGCUUGUGAGGAGGUCACUAGUUGGCUCCUUUGAGGAGUCCCUUUUAUCUGGUCGAUACUCAAAUGGAAAAGACAAUCAGACAAUUGAUGGUUUUUUAGCUGUUCUAAAUAUCACUGGUGGUAGUUUCUUCCCCACAACUCAGAAACUUCCAUUCUCAGUAACAAGCAUCCAUGAGGAUAGCUCCUUAUUGUACUAUUCUUCUAUUGAUCUUGCGGGGAGGUUGCCUGCUAAUAACAGCAAAAGCCCGAAGCUCCAAAGAAGCUAUAGUAAUAAUGAUUCGCGAUCAGCAAAGAGUCGUCUACGCAUCCCUGUUAAGGGUCGCAUACAACUGGUCGUGAGCAACCCGGAGAAGACUCCACUUCAUACUUUCUUCUGCAACUAUGAUUUGAGUGACAUGCCUUCUGGAACCAAGACUUUCAUGCGGCAAAAGGUCACAUUGUCCCCCUCUGUCUUACCCUCUAAUCCUGCGGAAGAAGGAAACAGGGCCGGUGAUGUUAAUGUUGGGCCCAAAUCUUCUCAGUCAGUCUCAUGUGGAAGUGAACCUAGAGAAUGGGGAACUCUAUGUUGUAAAUGUAAUGGAGCUGGCUGCAGCUGUGGACAGAACUGCAAGUCAAAUGACGAAUCAGAAAAAGGAGAUCUGAACGCGAGAUGUCGUUCAUCGGAGAGUGGUUCUAAAGAAUCUACUAAAUCUAGCUCUCCUGGGAAUAAGAAAAACAAUUCUGAUUCUGAUGAUUGCUGCUGUCAAGUGGAUAAGGUUGGCUUAGUUGGAAAGAAACCGUGCUGCUCAUCUUCUAAGAUCAAUGAUAGUUCAGGCGGAGGUGUGCUUCGUUAUGCUCUUCACCUACGUUUUCUGUGCCCCUCCUCCAAGAAAUCCUCGAAAUCAAUGUUACGGUGCAAAUCUGAUCCAUCAUCAGCGCCAUACAACAGUAAUACAGUGGCCGAGGAAGAGCGUAGAUUCUAUCUCUACAACGAUCUUAGAGUUGUAUUUCCUCAAAGGCACUCAGAUUCAGAUGAAGGCGAGCUGCGAGUGGAGCAUGACUUUCCCGCUGAUCCAAAGUACUUCGACAUAAGCAACUGAUGUUUACCUGUGCUCUGAUCUCUCUUGUAUAGCUUGCGCUCCUGCGCAUAAAAUGAAUCUGUAAAUAUUUUACCAUGACUAACUCGGUCACCAGCCGUUUCAUCUUUCGCCAGCAAACUGUACAGGUUUAAUCUUACAAUAAAGUGCAUGUCCUCAAAUAUUCCAUCUA